AUGAUAUUUUUUAUUUUCUAUAUGCUAUUAUUUGUUCUAUUUCUAUUUAUAAGCUCUCAAGAGAUCUCAAAAGAAUGCGUUUGCGGACAUGUACGUAGUAAAACGUAAUGUUAAAACUCAGGUAUAUGCCUCUGGUAGAAUGAUGUUUGUGUUUUAAGUUCUGCUAGAACAUACAUUUAAGAAAAUUAAGAUGAAAGUACAUGCAACCAUUAUGCAGAAGAAGAUUGUAGAUAAUAGAAGUAAUGCGGUUUUUAUUUGGGUUAAUGUAUUAGCUUCAUUGAUUGCCUUGUAUUCAAAAAGGAUCAAUGUUAAUCAUCUUCCUAUAGAUGUGUAUCUGAUGGCUCAAAGUGUGUUGAAAUUUUGGAAUGCAAGGACUACAAAACAGAGGUAGCAUGCGCAAAUAAGAGUUAAAAUGGUGGGUACUGUUAUUGGGUUCAGGAAAUGGGAAAAAAAUGCAGAGAUGUUAUUAUAUGUGAAGAACUACCAACAUAUCUAGCGAGUCAUAUAAUGUGUAAACAAGGUCUAGAUGGUUGUACUGUAAGUGAAUUAGGUUAUGGAUGUAUUAAAUAAAAAGACGAAUGCACAUAAUACUACAAUGAUUUUUAAUGCUUUGAAAGUUAACAAUCAAAUUAAAACUGUUUUUGGGAUUCAACAAAUGGUAAAUGUGUUGAAAGAGCGUGCCAAAAUAUACCUUUUACUUCAGAUUAUGAGUGUUAAUAGCUUUUAAGUGAAUGUACAUCAAACGGCAUUCAUUGUAUAUUAAGAAAGUAAUGUAGUGAAGCUCAGAAUAAAGUUGGUUGUGUUACAGAUGCUUAGGGAAACAAAUGCGAGUAUCAAAACAAUUAAUGUAAAAUCAAAAGCUGUGACACUGCUUUGAAUUCACUUUCAAAUUAUCAAUAAUGCUAAGACUAUGACAAUUUGUUAGAUUGUGUUACUAAUGAAAUUGGAGGGUGUAAAUAAAGACCUUAGAUAUGCAAAGAUUAUGCAAAUUUAGUAGAUUGUUAUUCGAUUGAAAAAUAAGAUUGUGUGUGGUAAAACAAUUAAUGUGAAAAAAGAGAAUGUCACCAUGCUCCACUUUAUUAUACUCAAACAGAUUGUAAGCGAUAUGGAAAUUGUAUAGGAAAGGUGGAUGGUGGAUGUGAAUAGAUGCCAAAUAUUUGCGAUGAGAGUUUAAAAGAAUAAUUUUGUGAGUUUAAUUAGAAUAAGUAAAGAUGUACUUGGUUAGAAGGGAUAUGGACAUUGUUUGGAUGUAAUAAAUUGAAAUUACCAACCUAUAAAAAUCAUAAAUUAUGUUAGCAGGUAAGUUCGAAUUGCGCUUCAAAUCUAGAUACUUUGGGUUGCAAAGAUUAUUUAUGCAAACUUAUUUAAGAAAUUGAGAUUUGUGAUUCAAAAGAAACAGCCUAAACGAUAAAUUAAGGAUGUAUAGAAAAAAAAUGCAUUAAUGCUCCAUCAGAUUUUGAAAGUAAUUCUUAAUGUGAAGAGUGGUUGCCGUAAUGCACAGUUAAUGUAUAAGAAUUAUCAAAUUAAAAAGUAUUAUUUGGAUGUAUUGAUAAAAAGAAUGAAUGCGAAUUUCUUCUUGAAGAACAAUGCUUUUCAACAUUUUCAGGGAUUCACUGUAAAUGGGAUAAACUAAGUAAAAUUUGCAUUAAUCAAAUUUGCACUGAUGCAAAUCCUAAUGUAUACAAAAAAAAUCAAGAUUGCAACUCUUACAAAGUUUUGGAGGGUAUUUGCAUAAUAGGAUCCUCUGGAAUUGGGUGCUAACUAUGGGCAAAUACAUGCAAUCAUUUGAUGAGUUACGAAUAAUGUUAGUAAAAUCUUUAAGAUGGGACAAAGUGUUUUUGGACUGGUAGUUUAUGUAAAAUUUUAGAAUGUUCAGAUGCUUCUUUAAUUAAUUAUACUAACAAUAUUGAAUGCAAUACUUUGCUUGAUUAUUGUAUUUUUAAUCCAAUUUUAGGAGGAUGUAUGAACAGACCUAGUUAAGUUGAUUGCGCGACCUCUCCAAAUAACAGUAUGUAUGAUACGCACUUUGAAUGUUAAGCGUGGAGUCCUACAUGCACUGUGAAUUUCCUUAGAUAAUAAAGUUGCGAAUUGAAAAAUGCGAAUUGUUCCGAAUAUAUCAGGCAAAGAAUUUGCAAAUCAAAUUUGACUGGUUAGAAUUGUUAUUGGGAUGAUUAUGAGCAAAAAUGUUAUGAAGAGAAUGAUGCUAGAGAUUGUAGCAAAAGAAUUUAUGGAGAUUUAUCGCAUUAUAAUUGUGAGAACUUUCUAUAAAAGUGUACAAUAAAUUAUAUUAUUGGAUCCUGUGUAGCUCUUUCAUCUUAGUGUGAUUAUAAAUUGGAAUAAUAAUGUGUAAUCACAAUUGAUUAGUAGCCCUGCAAAUGGGAUGCAAGAAAUAAACUUUGUAAAGAUAAAAAGUGCAGUGAUUAUAUAACUGCUAAAACUGAGGCGGACUGUUUAAACUUUAGAAAAUUUAGUUAGUGUCAAUUAAAGAUUUAAGAUAAUGGGACUUAUGGACGAGGGUGUGAGGUUAGACCAAGUCAUUGUGAUGAGGUUACACAUCCUUUAAAAUGUAAAUUGACACUAACUUAAUAAAAUGAAAGAUGUUAUUUUAUUAAUUCUAGAUGUUAAGUUGUACAAUCUUAUCAAUGUGAAGCGAUUAUAGAUAGUAAAAGCAAUGAACUUUGUUAAUUAUACAAUCCCUACUGUGUUCUAUAAUCAAGUGGACAAGGAUGCUAUUCCAUUUACAGUUGUUCAGAUUUAUCUAGCAAUGUUUGUAAGAGUGCGAUAAUGAAAUUCAAUGAUAAGUGCAACUAUUACGGCAGUUGUCGUUCAGAUAAUUAUUGCGGAGAUAAAAUUCUCUUAUUCAGUUAUUGUGAGAAAAGAAAAACACUUUUAGGAUAAUUAUGUUACUUUUACAAAGAAUGUGAUUAAUAUUAUUGUUUAAGAGAUUGUUUAUAAUAAACAACAGCUUAGUACCUACAAUUUCAGUUAUCUGCAUUAGAUAGGAAAAAAUAAUGUUAAGACUAUUCAUCUAAUUACAUAUAUGAUACCAGUUGUUAGUGCUGUCUAAAUAUGAAUGAUUGCAGCCAACAAUAUGGUGAAUAAUAACUUUGUAAUUCUUCAAUUGUAAUUUCAAGUUCAAGUUCAAUUUCAAGAUGUGGGUAUAAUUUUGAGACAUAUUCUUGUGAGAAUAGAUAAUGCGAACAUUUAACGUAUUAAAAUUAUUCUGUUAUUACAGAUUAAAUUUGCUUUGAUUGGAAAUAUGAUUGUGUUCUCGAUAUUACAGGUUGUAUAACCUACCUAUAAAAUUGCACUUUAAUAAAAUUAAUUUCUCAAUGUUAUUAAUUUUAAUGCUAUUGGUAGAAUGGUAAAUGUGUUAAUCAUGUUGAUUGCCAAAUUAAUACAACUGCUUUGACAAAUCGUGAAUGCCUUUUAGAAAACGCUGAAUAUUGUAGAUUUAAUUAUACAAAAGGUUUAGGAUGUUCUUUUUUUAAUUGUAAUCAUAUCAAAAACGAAACAAUAUGUAAUAUAUCAAAUCUUGUUGAUGGAUAAAAUUGUUAAUGGAUAAGUGACUCUUGUUUAUAUCGUACUUGCUCAGAUUAUACUAUAUAAUCUGAUUGUGAGAGUAGUUAUGGCUCAAAUGGCUAUGCAAUCAUUAAAUGCUUCUGGUGUUAAGAUUACAUUACUAAAUGCUCAAAUUAUGAAUAUUGCAAUUUAAAUAGCAUGAUUUCACCUAAGUCGCAUCAAGAUUGCAACUAUGUAAAUAGCUUGUAAACAAUUUAAUUUUAAACAAGUGAAAUAUGCAUAAUAAAAAAAUAAUCAUGCUCAGAAUACACCUACGAGGAUGCUUGUGUUAGCACAAUAAAUGGUGUGAGUUGUGUUUGGAGUGCUGAUAGUUGUAAAAAUAAUUGCGAAGCAGUAACUACUAAUCCUUCUACAAACUAAGAGUGUUAUAAUUGGAAUUCAGAUUGUAUGCUUAAAACUACUUCCCAAUGUCAACUCUUAAAUUGCUCUCUCUUACUAGUAAUGUCAAAUUGUAAUAUUUAUUCUACAAAAUGUUUUUGGGAUCAUUCUAGUUGUAAAACUAUUGGUUCUUGUAAUGAAUAUUCUACUUAUAACUUGUGUUUAAAUAAUAACAAUUCAAAAGGGAUUCCUUGCUUCUGGAAUAGUAUCUAAUGCAUAGAAAAAACCUGUUAGAAUAUACAAAUGACCCCAAUUUCUACCCAAGAUUGCAAUAAUUGGCUUAUUAAUUGUUAGUUUAAUGUCAAUAAUAAUUUAUGUGUAGAAGAUUGUACUUCUGCUGAUGUUUCAUAUAUCACACAUGAUUAAUGUGAAUCUUACUAUCUUAACAAAAACUGCACUGCCAAACUUGAUAUUACUAAAUGUGAAGACCUUCCUGCUUCAUGUGGAUUAGCUAAAUAGAUGCAAUGCUAUUUGGAUAUCAAUGGUAACUAAUGCUACUAUUCAAAAUCGACUCAAACAUGCUUACUUUUAACAUGUUCAAAUUUGGACACAAACUUUAGAAGUCAUGAGUAAUGUAACUAAAAGUUAAAAGAGUGUACGGUAAAUACUACAUUGAAUGGAUGCUAGUAAUUGAAUACUUGCAAUAAUUAUUCUAUCAAAGAAUAAUGUCAUUUUGAUUAAAAUAAUAUUGAAUGUGAAUGGAUUAUUAGUCAACAGGUUUGUAUGAUUAAGGAAUGUUCAUCAGCCUAGCUCAAUUAAUAUACAGCACAUGGUUGCCGUUAGUAUUUUGGUGAUUCUUGUACCGUAAAUAAAUACUUUGAUAGUUGCGAAAUUAGUCAAACUUUUUGUAAAGAUUAUAACUAUCAACAAUGCAUCAGUGAUGGUUAAAUAAACUUAAGUGGUAUAGAUUGUUUUUGGAAUAACGAAAAAAAUGCUUGUUAAGAACGAAUAUGUGCAAAUGGACCUACAGAUGCCUCAUCUAAUUCUGAAUGUAAAAUUUUCCUUCCAUCAUGCCAAAUGGAUGGUUGCCAUAUAAAAGGUUGUUUUGAUUACCAUUACUCUAUAGAUUCAGUUUGCGAAUCUAUUUUUGAAGACAAGAGGUGUAUAACAAAUGGAAGUCGAUGUGUUAAAAGAAAGAACUGUGAAGAUAUAUUUCUAUUUGAUGAAUGUAAGUUUGAUGUUAAUCUAAAUCCUUGUGUUUGGACUGAUGAAAAGUGCUAUAUUAAAAUCUGCUAGAGGGCAUAAGUUACACUUGUUACACAUGAGGAAUGCAAUUCAUAUUUGCCCUCUUGUACAGUUAAAGAAAAUGGAGGAUGCACUAACAAGCAGAGUUGUUAAGAUUAUCAAAUUAAAGAAGCUUGUUAAACAGAUAGUGCGAAUUAUGAAUGCAUUUGGGAUACAAAUAUAAAUAAAUGCUUUUCAAAUUAAUGUAUUAAUUACUGCGGCGAUGGCAUUGUUACAGACCAGGAUGAAUAAUGCGAUGAUGGAAAUUACUUACCAUAUGAUGGUUGUUAUAAAUGUCAAGUUUAAUGCCCAUAAGGUUGCAAUAUAUGCAAAGGCAAAUAAUGCUAAGAAUGUAAUAAAAAUGGUUGGCAAUUGGUUGAAGGGGUUUGUACUUCAAAAUGCGGUGAUGGUUAUGUAGUAGGGAGUGAAUAAUGUGAUGAUGGAAAUAACAUAUAAUUUGAUGGUUGUUAUUAGUGUUCCUAUUAAUGUGAUAAAAUGUGUGUAGAUUGUUUUCAAGGAUAAUGUACUUUAUGUUAAGUUGGGUAUGUAGAAGAUGGAUAUCUAUGUUAUAAUAUUUGUGGAGACGGAUACCUUGCAUAACAAUUAGAAGAAUGUGAUGAUGGAAACUUGUACAAUAAUGAUGGAUGCAGUGAUAAUUGUAAGGUUGAAAAGGAUUGGAAAUGUUCAACAGAAAGUAAUAUUAGUUUUUGCAACUAUGCAAUUCUUCCCAAAAUUACAUUGACCAGGCUAUCUAAAACUGAUACAAGUUUUCAAGAAUUCAAAUUGUCAUUUUCUGAACCUGUUUGUUUAAGUGAAAAAGGAAUUAGUGAAGAACAAUUUCUGCAGUUAAUUCUCAUUGAAAUAAUAAAUGCAAAAGAAGUUGAAUAUGAUGUAGAAAUUAAAUCAAUUAUCUCUAUCACUUCUGAGUUGGCAGAUGUAGAGUAUAAAUUAUUAAUUAAUUUUAAAUCUAAUGUUAAAAAUCCUGUUCUAAAAGUUAAAAUUAUCAGUGACAGCAUAGUUAAUAGCUAAGGGAAUACCUUGUUCUCAAAGGAAGCAAAAUUAGAAUUUAGGUCUCCCUAUAAGAUAUCAGCUGAUCAAUUGUCACUUAUGUCCAAGACGUCCAUGUUGAGUAGAAUUGUAUUGUAUUUCAUUGUAUUUAUAAGUGGAAUUUCUUUUUUAUGUGGGAAUUUAGAGAUUUUAUGGAAUCUCCUUGAUUUGCUUUAAUAAUUAUCAUAUAUGAAAUUUCACAAUAUUGCAUUCCCAUAAAACUUAGAAAGCUAUUUUGAAGUCUUUACUAUUGGUUCUUUUACCCCUAUUGCUGAUAAAUUUCAAAUAGAUCAAAAUUUAAGAGACAUAUUUGAUUUCUAAAUUCCAGUUAUCUAAGCAAAAUGGAAAUUUGAAAACUAUAAAAUUAAUUGUUACUUUUUGUAAAACCUCUAAACCCUUUUUAUGAUGCUAAUAAUGGGAUUUACCUAUUUUAUAAUUUCCUAUUGGUUUUAAAAAUUCCUUAUUUUCAUCAAUUAUUAAAAUUGGGCAACAAUUUAUCAAAAAGAUUUUUAUUAUAAAGUAGUUAAAAUUAUUUUUUUCUUUUAGAGGACUGCUAGAAAAUAUUUUUAGUAUUUUAUUUAUUCUGGAUUAAUAAGAAUUUUUACAUCUAACUUUUAUGAGUUGACAUAUGCAUCUAUUCUGCAAUUGGUAAAUUUUAAUACAGAGACCACUUUAAAUGUAACUAUUUCCUUUUUAGCUCUUAUUACAUUGCUGUGUAAUUUAAUACUAUUAGGCAAGUUUUUUUUUUAUCUAAGCUAAAAGAAUGCUGUUGCUCUGAAUUUAUCUGUAUUGGUUGAGGGUAUUAAGGACUAAAAAUGUUAAGGAGCAAAAUAAUAUUUUACUAUUAUGUUGAUUAAAAAAACCUUAUUCAUUGUAAAUUUAGUAGCGAUGUAAGGUCUUAUGGGGGCUUAAAGCUUAAUUACGGGUUGUCUAUCCGGAGUAUUCUCCUGUUAUUGUUUUAUCUAUAAACCUUUUAAGAACCAUUUUGAAAAUAUCAAAAUAAUAGUAACUGAAGUAUUGAUUGCGCUGAACGUUUCAAUUUUUUCUUUAUAUGAAAUUCUGAAAUAAAAUCAAAACAGAGAGUCAGCUCAACUUUUAGGUUGGAUUAAUAUAAGUGGGUUCACACUAAUACUUCUAACUACCUUAGCCAUAGAUAUAUACCAAUAAUUUUUAUAAUAUGCUGAGCUUGUGAUAGCGUAGUUCAAGAUUUGCCUAAGGAUCACUCAAAAAACAACAUCAAAACCCAGAAUACUUUUUUUUUGA